AGUCUGUAGGACCUAGUAGGCGUCCUCCACAUGUCCUACCUGACUCUUCAGUUUCUCACCUGGAGUUGCUCUCCCCUGUUUUGUGCUAUUAGUUUGUAGUUUGAUCUCUGAUGGUAAAAUGUUCUCGAAUAUAACCUGUACCUUGUUGUUGGCAUUGGUGUCCAUCCUCGACACCUCGCUUGGGGAGGUGGUGUUUCGUUGCCCGAGUUGUGCUGCAGAGCGCCAGGCUAGUUGCCCUGAGCGCAGGACGCCCUGCACAGAGCUAGUGCGGGAGCCCGGCUGUGGCUGCUGCCCUGUAUGUGCCCGACAAGAAGGUGAGACCUGUGGGGUGUACACCGCGCGCUGCUCCACCGGACUUCGGUGUUACCCGAAACCAGGCUCAGAGGUACCCCUACAGGAGCUGGUGCAGGGGUACGGGCGCUGUGGGCGAAGAAAUGACGGGGAGAGUAAGGCGAGUAAAGAAAAUGGAGCUGAUACUGCAGAGUUUCUUGAUCACUCAGAGGUGAGUCUGACUGAGGCCAUACCAGAUGGCCGCAAGACGAAUGGUCAGCGGAAUGAAGCAAAGGAUUUGGCUGUGAUCCGACUCCGGCAGACCGAACAGGAACGUCAGAUGUCCAAGGGACCGAGACAGCCCCACGCCCCAGAAGUCAGUAAGAGGACCAGGCUAAAACCGAGUCUGUGCCAAAAGCAACUGGACCAGGUCCUAGAGAAGAUCUCCAUGAUGCGUAUCCAGGAUGAGAAGGGACCGCUGGAGCUCCUGUACACAAUGCACAUGCCCAACUGUGACAAGCGGGGGCUCUACAACCUCAAACAGUGCAAGAUGUCUGUCAACGGUCAACGGGGCGAGUGUUGGUGUGUGAGCCCAAGCACAGGGAAGCCUAUUCCAAACUCCCCAGUGAUAAGGGGGGACCCUGAGUGCAAUCUAUACUACAACGAAAAUGAGGACUUGUUACCCCAAAAAUAACAAGUACUCCCCUGCCCCCCCACACCACCACCAACACCACCAUCACCAACACCACCAUCACCACACAUCCAGAAACAUAGGGGCUGGGCAAUCCAGACAACAUGGAACUUCUGGAGAAACAACAGAUUGUAUAACUAUACAAGUUAUGGAUGUAUGUUUUAUAGUUUGUUUUUAUACAGUAUAUAAAGUCAAAUAUCACCAAUAUCACAUUUUAGGGUUUGGUGGCCCUUAUGGCUUUAAUUUUUUUAGUUUUAUUCCAUAAUCAUGAAUGUUACCUUAUAAGUAGAACAGUAUUUUUGAGUGGGGAAAAAAAGAUUAUCGCCUUUUUUUACUUUCUUUGAUAUAACAAAGGUUAUAUAAUGUUAUUUAGAACCUAUUUCUAAACUAGCAGUACAGUCAGCUACAUUUAGUAAAACAGUAUUGAUUAAUUAUGUUUCUGUGUAAAAUACAAUAUGAUUGUGGGACACUGCUGCUUUUACAGUUUAUCCGAUAUGACAAAAAAAUCAUUCAGUAAAAAUCACAGGAAGAUCAAUUUGAAUGGUGAAUGAUCACCAAGGGUCUUAUGUUGAUCUGCUGCAAUCACUGACCACCAAGUUCUAAAGCUUAUUCCUUUAGCUUCUCUGCAAGUGAAGGGCCAUACUGGUAAACGUGCUGAAUAGGGUUAAUGGAAGAUGAUAUGCAAAGGGAAAAUGUUUAUAUCACACUAUUUGGCCACUAAAGGGUUGUUCAAUAAUAUUGACUUUUAAGUAGAAUUGAAAGCAAAGCAAAACAACAAUCAUGGGGUUUCCAUGCAGGUCAAUUUACAUGUGAAAUGGCGAUGCACGUGCACG